CUAAAGAUUUCUGGUGGUACAUAUGGUGGUAGGCUGUGAAGAUGCUCUGAAGAUUGCUAGGUAAGUUGGCCGGAUCUUCACCUUAUGCAGGAAACUUGUGUCGGAUGCUGCAGGGAAGAGUUCAAUGCUUGUCACCUCGUUUUACCUGCAUGUAGCAACCUGGUCACUGUGAGGACAAUACGUUAUAUUGGGCACUUGUGUGCUACUAAUGCGAUAAAAGAAACCGUAUCCUGCAUGUUAUGGAACUGUACUAAAGCGAAUCAGAACGUGUGUGAGCCUUAGCUGCGUGUGUAUAACUGUUCCAGCUAAUGAUACACGGUCUGUGCAGCAGCAGGAAGGAACGAGCAGCGGCAGCGGGAGGCAGAAGAAAAGGAGCAGGGCGGGCCCGAGAAGCCACAUAUACACGGUGUCAGACUCCUUGCUGCCUGAGUGUCCCUUUGUCCCUCCUCUCUCCGCACAGCCCCAAUGACAGCGGGGACCCCCGGACCCAUGCCAUCCUGAUCCCGGCCCCAGCAUGCCGGACACAGAGCCGGACAGAGGCAAGAAAGCCCAGCCGGAAGGGGAGCGAGCAGAACCGGCUGGCAGCCAGCAUGGCACGACUGGAGUACUGGAUAAACUUUUUGGGAAGCGUCUUCUGCAAGCUGGUCGAUAUAUCACAUCCCACAAAUCCUGGAUGAGGACUGUACCCACAGAAAACUGUGACGUAGUUAUGACGUUCUCUGAUAACACGGAUGACCACACUUUGCUGUGGCUACUGAAUCAUGUACGCCUGGGGUUACCUGAACUUAUUAUGCAGAUUCGACACCACAGACACACUGGGAUCUACGCCUUCUUUGUAACUGCCACAUAUGAAAAUUUGCUCCGCGGUGCGGAGGAGAUUGGUCUUCGAAAACCAGUUAAAGCAGAGUUUGGAGGUGGAACACGAGUCUUCUCAUGCGAAGAGGAUUAUAUUUAUCAGAACAUUGAAAAUGAACUCAUUUUUUUCACAUCUCAGGAACGUCAAAGCAUCAUCCGCUACUGGAUGGAAAACCUCCGAGCCAAACAAGGCGAAUCCCUGCACAAUAUCCACUUCCUUGAGGGCCAGCCAAUCAUCCCAGAGUUGACAGCCCGUGGGGUCAUCCAGCAAGUGUUUCCCAUCCAUGAACAAAGAAUAUUAAGCCGACUUAUGAGGUCCUGGGUCCAAGCAAUCUGCGAAAAACAACCCCUUGAUGAAAUCUGUGACUAUUUUGGGGUGAAAGUUGCCAUGUAUUUUUCCUGGAUGGGUUUCUACACCUCCUCCCUUGUCUAUCCAGCUGUCUUUGGCAUGAUGCUGUGGAUGAUCACUGAGUCUGACCAGACAAGCCGUGACAUUUGCUGUGUUGUCUUUGCCCUUUUCAAUGUUGUUUGGGCUACAUUAUUCUUAGAGGGAUGGAAAAGGAGAGGGGCAGAGUUGGCGUACAAGUGGGGGACACUGGACACCCCUGCUGAAUUUAUUGAGGAGCCAAGGCCCCAAUUCAGGGGUGUCAAGAGGAUCAGUCCAGUCACUAACUGCGAAGAGUUUUAUUACCCGCCGUGGAAACGCCUUUUGUUCCAGUCCUUUGUCAGUCUCCCUGUCUGUGUCUCCUGUCUGUGUUUUGUCUUUGUGGUCAUGCUUGCCUGCUUUGAGCUUCAGGAGUUUAUACUUAGUAUCAAGGAGCUCCCACGGGUUGUACGUUUCUUUCCCAAGAUUCUCCUGGCCGUUAUAGUUAGCUCAUGUGACGAAGUUUACAGGAAGAUUGCCUACUGGCUAAAUGAUAUGGAAAAUUAUCGUUUACAGAGUGCCUACGAGAAACAUCUCAUCAUUAAAAUUGUUUUAUUCCAGUUUGUAAAUUCCUACCUGAGUCUUUUCUACAUUGGUUUCUACCUCAAGGACAUGGAGCGACUGAAAGAGCUGUUCCUCGUUUUGUCUCUCCCCCAUAGCUUCACUCGUCAGGUUAAAGAUGCCCUCCUCCCUUUCCUCUCACUCCAGUUUCACCUGUUCCUCAUCGUCCUCAGGGCACUUCUCAGAUCAGCCUGGUGCCUCUUCAAAUCUAAAAUGCUUGCCACGCUCCUGGUCAUUCGCCAGUUCCUGCAGAAUGUGAAAGAAGUGUCCCAACCUCAUCUAUACCAGAAACUACAACGGGGAGAGCUGACUCCACGGUCAGUCUGGCUCUUUGUUCGCUAUGCCCUGAAGAGGUUGUUUCAAAAAUAUUCUCUCCCUCAGCACCCAUUAAGGACUCCUGGGAACCCAAUGGAGACGGGUGCAGGUGGGCGCAAGAAGUGCCUCAAUGGAGGGUGUGGUGUACCAGAAGAGGAGGAGGGAGUGGUCUCUGAAGAUGAGGAAGAGGAGGAGGAAGAAAGUAUUAUGGAUUGUGGACUCAAAUUAAAAAGGGUUAGUUUUUUAGAGAAAGGGGAGAGGAGAGAGGAUGUUGGUCUAGUUCCUCAGCAAGAAGAUGAGGGUGCCUUUUUACAGGAGGGUAGUCCUACUCUUAUGGAAAGAGGUAGCGACCCAGCCUCAGUUUUUCAGCUGGAAGAUGAAGAGGAUGAGGAACAAGAAGGAGCAAGUGGUGGAGUACUGCAGGAGGGUUUAGAGCAAGAGUCCGGGGUAAAGCUGAGGCAGCACAGAAGGAGGAGAAAGAGGGUAAUUCUGGAGGAAGAACAAAGUAGAGAAGAUGAGGAGGAUGAUACAGAGAUGAAGCAGAAAAGAGAAUCAUGGAUUGACCCUCCAGAGGACAAUUAUCCAACUAAGCUUUCUCAAGCUGAGGUGGAGAGUUGUAUGAAGAAAUAUGAGGACACUUUCAACGAUUACCAAGAGAUGUUUGUGCAGUUUGGGUAUGUGGUCCUCUUUUCCUCGGCCUUCCCCUUGGCUGCUGUCUGUGCCCUGAUCAAUAACAUAAUCGAGAUCCGCAGUGAUGCCUUUAAGCUGUGCACUGGGCUUCAGAGACCAUUUGGGCGUCGUGUAGAUGGCAUAGGACAGUGGCAAAAUGUAAUGGAGGCGAUGGGGGUUAUAGCCAUUAUUGUAAACUGCUACUUAAUGGGCCAGUGUGGACAGCUUCAAAGACUGCUACCCUGGCUGGGGCCCGAAACAACAAUCAUAUUUAUUGUGGUGCUUGAGCAUUUUGCUUUGCUCCUGAAGUAUAUAAUACACGUUGUGAUCCCAGACAUCCCUGGAUGGGUGGCAGAGGAGAUGGCAAAACUGGAAUAUCAAAGAAGAGAAGCUUUUAAGAAACAUGAGCGACAAGCUCAGCAUCGCUACCAGCAGCAACAGCGCAGGAAGCGUGAGGAGGAGGAGAGACAGCGCCAUGCUGAUUACCAUGCGAGGAAAGAGCGAGAAUCUCGUGGAGGGGACGAUGGAAAAAACUCUGGACAAGAUUCCCAGAAUCAUGAAAAGAACUCAAGCAAAACCAAGCAAGGUGGCCCCCCUGGAGGGAGCAGCCAUGAUAAGCCGAAAAGACCCAGCUCCCUCUUGGCCAGCAAUAAUGUGAUGAAACUUAAACAAAUUAUUCCCCUGCAAAGCAAGUUCUUAUCAGGGACCAAUGCCAAAUCUCCACAGUCCCCUCCAGCGACAGACACCAAAAUCCCCAGCUUUCUGAGCUUCAAAUUUCUAAAAUCCCCUGAAACAAAAAGAGAAUCCUCCCAAGAGAGAGCCCAUUCUCCUACAAAGCCUUUCCACCCAGGCAAGCUCUUUAACUUUGGCGGAAAGGGUGAGGGACAGGUGGGUGGUAAUGGUAUUGGUCCACCCAUAUCAACACAGCCAAGAGGAGCAACAGCUGGGACUGCCUCCUCUGAUGGUACAGUGCCAGGUAAGUCCCAGCUAAAUGGGAUUUCAGAGGAUAGACCCACGGAGGAGGGUGAAGAACAAACCAAGGCACAAAAACAAUAACCGUGCUUUCCUCCCUUGAAAAAGGUCACAGAGGCACUGCUGGAGGUGGGUUGUUAGCUGAAAACAAAAAUUUUCCAGCUGCAGAAUGUGAAGGGGUAUACUGGCCUGGAAAUGCUAUCAUUGCACUGGUACAGCUUGCUGCAUACAUGUGUAUCACUGUAAGGCAAGAAAGUGCUGCAUUGCGUAAUGAAAUACAGUAUGGUAUCUAUGUCAACUUCCACCCUUCGCAUAGACAGGUUUUCUGAACUGUCUGUUGAUGCCCAGUAUAUCUACUUACCCUUGACUAUGCUGAGUGGAUAUUACAAGUCUUUCAUGCAGGGAGUUUAUGUAGCACCAUACACAAUGAGUUUAUUUCUUUAAUAAGGGAUUUUUCAUAUUCCAAUACAGAUGUCCCGGUGGAGCUACCAUGUUGAGGUGUAGAUCAUUGCUGGGUAUCUCUAUACAGUGACCUAAUGUAGCCUUUCUCCUCUCGGUGAACAAAAAAUGUUUAAAGCACGAUUAUAUAGAAAGUCACGGGUUAAAGAGGCAUGGUGCGUGUGUAGUGGUUUGUUGGUGGUGGCCUGUCUUUUGCAGUGCCUUAUUUCAGGCCUCUGAAGCUGUUGAGAAGGCCAUAUAACCACAUAUAAAAAAUUUGUUUAGCUCUUGCUUAGUUCUGAAAAGACCUCCAAACCCACCCAAAUAACACAGGUGUUCUUAAAGUUGAUGCAGCACAGGCUCCUUUGAGGGUUGAAGGGUUUAGAAGACAGGUCUUUGGCAAUGUUCUUUUGCGUUGGAAACUAUUCUUGACUUGGCUAUGAGGGAGAAAGCAAUUAUUUCAUGACUCCUAAAGGACAACACUGGAUAAAAAUUUCCAAUUCUUUCUUUAAAGAAAAAAAAAUUGCCUUGAGGCAUUACACUCAACAAACUCCCCUCUGUCUGAGAGAGAAGGUUAGAGCAGGACAUGGUUUUUAUUCUGUUGCUCCUCAAACAGCAAACAUUUAGUGUCAGAAAAAUGUUAGCAUCACAAAAGAUUCAUGCCUACAAAUGUGUUCCAAAGUGUUGGCUCAAUACUGGUCUUUGUAAAGUUAUCCAGGAAACACACUAUGAAUGUGGCACUGGAAAGAAAUGGUCAUGCAGGUCUGAAUGUUAAUCUCUGUAUCUGCUAUUCAAAUAGGAGCUGCUUCUAGCAACAGAACCCCUAUAAACAUGGUGGGAACUCUAAGCUUCAUCAUUUGUAUGCUACUUAUCCAUAAUGUGUACUUAAUGUUUUGGGGCCAAGUGGCAUAAAAAUGAUGAUGCUAUACCAAGCUAUCCUAGUGGCUAGAAAAUCUCUUAGAGAAAUCAAUCCCUGAGCCAGUACACAACUGCUCAAUAAAACUGCUUCAGUCUGAUCUUUAGAACAUUUUUUUUUCUUCUUAUUUUCAGUCCAAUUAUGGGGAAGUAAAUACUUUCUAGGGAUGUAAAGAAUCCAGGAUUCUAUAUGGCUGACUGAAUGUGAACUUAAUUGUAUGGGAAGGCAACUUCUUAGAAUCUGAAUACUGAAAUACUGAUGAUCACAUAUAAGUUCUGAUCAUUUGGACUUAGUGUAUUGAGAUGUUUUGGUUGCCUGUACAGCAAUAUAUUUUGUGGAGGCUUUAACCUUUCAUGACUGGUUUGGUGCAUCUGCCAUGAAUGGCCAUUUGCUCAAACCACAUUAUACUCCAUCAGUACACUUGUAACAUAAAUAUCAUGUCUCAGGGCCCCUCUAUAAGUUUUUCAUUUCUUAAAUAACUUGUUCUCCAGUUAUCUGUUCAGCACCAAAAUGAAUAUCCUUAAGUAACUUUUUUCAGAGCGGCAUAUUGGUGUUAUAAAGGCUAGGCAGUAAUUACAAUAUUCUCUAGGGUUUUUCUAGACAGAUGCCAAAUUCAUGUCCAACAAAAGCAGAUAAUGAAAGAUUUAAUACAACAACAUCUGUAGGGUAACAUGUUGGACACCAGUGACUUAUAUCCUAUAAUCUCAUGACUGUUGCCUUCUUUCUUUUUCUUUUGUGAUAUAGUAGGAAUGCCAGUAAUAUUUUAAUAAUCAACAUAAUAGAAGGGUAUUGACUAGCAGAAGCAGACUUAAGCAAAAAACUUAAUAAAAUGUAACUUUAACUGUGCACACCUAUGUAAAGGUGAACAUAUGCAGUUUGAAGCCAGAAAGUAGUGAACCUUCUUUACGAAGUGCACUUUCUAUUGGAGGAAAAGGGAAAGUCAGUAAAGGAUUGUACAAAUUUGGGGCAAAUACUCCUGAACACUUUUUUUGAUUUUUAUUGGAUCGGAGAAGUAGAAAUUGAUAGUUCAGGGUAGGUGGCUUCUACUGUUAGAGUGUGAAAUAGAUAUGAGGCGUCUGUUGGCAGAGUAGAUCAAAAUAAAUGUCCAGUUAGUACACACUAUUCAUUUCAGUGAGAAACGGUGCAGCAGGUAUUAGUGUAUAUCUUUGAUAGGGAUCCUUAAAAUCACAUGACUUUAUCGCUUUCUUCAGUUCAGUAUUUGGCCGAAUCUGUCACAAAGGAUUUGGGAUUCGACCAGAUCCUAAAAUAGUUCAUUCGUUGCAUCCCUAAUUUUUUUUAAAGAAGAACAUUUUGGAUUGUGUAAUGUUCACGACUAUGUUUAUGAAAUAAGGAACACAACAAGGGGACAAGCAGAAGGCUUUGUGCUGAAUGUACUGCCUGUAUCAGGUUCGUCUUAAUAGUUUAGUUAAAAGACCUUUCCAUUUGGCUUCUCAUGUUAAUAAUUUGGAUAUUUUGAGCAGUAGUUUACAUUGAUUUAUUUAUUUGAAAGAGGGUUUUAUUGGUGAUAUCAACACAAAUGAAUUUUGUGUAGGAAAAAUCUAGACCCUUUUGUGUGUUUUGGCUUUUGAUAUAUUUUAAAACUAAAAUUUCAUAUAUAAUACAUAAGGGCUUAUUUAUUAACAUUUGAAUUCAAAUCUCCACCACAAUUCAAAUUUUUUUGCUCUAAAACUCAUGACUUCGAAUUAUUGUUUCCACAACUUGUAUGCUUGAGCAGUGUUUUUAAUUUUAAUUAGUUAAGAAUGUUUCUAAUUUUUUGAGAGUUUGUAGACCCAUUGAAAAUGAUGAGUACAAUAUGAAUUUGGUGCAUUUAAGUUCUUUUGCAUGGUUUUAUUCAACUGAGUUUUUUAGAUUCUAAUUUUUAAGCAAGAAUUCAAGUCUGGUAAUAUUUUAUUUGAAUAGGGAAAAACUAAUGGCUAAUGCUCAGAUUAUAAUGCAAUUUGGGACUGGAGUGGGGAGUUUAUAUCAGUACAAAUCAUGGGUGUGCACUGUGCAACUCUUCAGCUGUUAGAAUGGCGUGUGCAGUCAUAGGCCUAUGGCCCACAUAGCGAUACUGAAGAAUAUGCCAUCGCUGUCUCCCCUCCCUAAAGUUGUUCAGAUUUACUGUAUCACAUGCCAGAUGUUGGCAUUGCAAACUAUUGCCAGACACAUUUAAACCGGGCAAAAUGGGUAUUGAGCUGGACCCCAAUGAAGUACAAGGGAAUGAAAUAGGCUGUAUCAGGCAAAAAUAUUAACUAGAGAGGGCUGCAGAAGCCUUGUACAUAUUGUUACCUGUAAACUGUUGUGAAGUAAAGGAUCUCUGAGGGCAUGAGGAGGUACCCAGUAACUGAUAGACCACAUACUACCACGGGCACUGACACUAGCAUCCGAAUAAUUUCUUAAGUGUCUGUGCAUUUAUGUUCCAUAUCUGAUGAGUCUGUUUGGAGUCCUGUGAAAUCUGUCUUAAUUUGUCAUUGGUUUGCAUUACUGUGAUAUAAGGAGCACUAUAGAAAAUGCAAUUGUCAGAUCUAUAUCUGGAGCAGUAACUUCUACUGGGUGAGUUACUGAGAGAGUUUUUAACUGCGGGCUUCUUUAAACCUUUAUGUGGGUUGUGCCUCUCAUGGAUUUGUCGUUUUUGUCUAUUAUGUCCAAACCAGAACACCUAUACCACCAAGUAAAUGUUUAGCUUUCAGUUAUUCAAGUGCAAAAAUAUUCUUCUUACCAUUGACAGCCAUUUUAUUGACACCCUUUUGCCUUGAUAACAGCCUACAACACACCAAACAAAAGUGCUCACAGUACAAUGAAGGUGUCCUUUCUUUCUGUUUUUAUAUGUAUUAUUAUUUUUAUAUGGUCCAGUCUCAUCCAGCAGACCAGUCAUGGCUAAAGCAACCAUAUCUAGCUUUAAUUCCAAGUGGAAGUGGGCCUUUCUAUAGCAGGUUUCCAUCUUGCAGUGUUUCCAUCUUGCAGAUCAUUUAUACCAAAUUGUACCCAUGACUGCUUUUCCAUUUACAUUGCAGGGUAGGAUUGGUAGUUCUGCCACAAGGACUCGAAAAUCUGUUCUAUAAACCUUAAAUAAAUGAGUAUUUUGAUGAACACAAUUCAGGCCUAAUUACCCUACAAAUGGUUCUCUACUCUUCCCAGGGGCAAAUGAAUCUGGUGCUAGUUACGUUUCUGGAUAACAUGAGUUUUCUUUCUUUGUUCUGAAUCUGACAUAGGUUAGACUUGCAGCAAGGUUAUGACUAGGUACCAGCCACAAUGAUUUCCAGUGCAUUGUAUUAGACCGCAAGUGACGUUUUUCUUGCCACAGUUUCUAUUUCAUUACAUUAUGAACCUCCAGCACCCUACAUGAAAGGUUUCUGCAUGUUAUCAAAUGAAAACAAUUCAUCUCAGAUUCAAAAUGUCAUAACUAUGCAACUUUGUUUUAAUUAGGGCUAAGAUUUGAGGCAAAUAAUUGGGCUUUCCUUAUGCUUGACAACAUUAAUGUGUGCACUGUACCCUACGACAAGGCAUCAGCUGUGGGGAACCGUUUAUUUUAUUCAAGCAUGUGAAAUAGGAUCUUGAGCAUUGUAAGAAGCUACAUAUAUGUAGCGAGCUAAAUGCAUUAUGUAAGCAACAAUGUAACAUGAAUGCGCUUCAAGGAAUGAUAUGUAAACAGCAGGGCUGAUUAAAAGGCACUGGGGCAGAUGUACUAAACCAGAGAUUCCCAUGCAGU